AAGAUUAAAAACGAUUUUAUUUGUUUUUAUUAUGCGUCCAUAAAUUAUAUAAUGAAACAGCUAUUUAUUAUUUUUAAUUAUAAAAAUAAUAAAUAGCUUGAGGGUUACACAUUAAAUAAGACACACAAUGUGAUAAAAUCUAUAUACAUAUAUGAAAGACAGCUAUUUUAUAAUGCGAUAUACAUAAAUAUGAAUAAAAUUCUGUCGUCUAGCUUCUUUCUACUUACUUGGUUAAUUCAUAUUUACAAUUAUGAAUUCUGAUUAAAUAUUCUAUAAGUAAGCAAUUCUAUACAGCUUUUUUUUAUUUAGAUACUGUUGUGAAGUGUACGUAAUACAUUUUAUUAAUAACUUGUCUUCUCAGGAAUAACUUAACGAUUUGUGCCACAAUUUAGCAAUUUGAGUUUUUUCAACAUGAAGAUUAUCAAACUACAUUAAAUGUUAAAUAUUUGUCAGAGUAGUUAUAAGAUAUCGAUUAUUUCAAGACGUUUCUAUUAAAGUAACAUAUCAAUAAAUUUAUCUAUCUAUUUUUUAAUUUAUCAUAUUAAAUGAUGGCAAUAUCUGAUAUUGAUUUUUCUUAACCGAUUUAUUCGUAUAAUUACUUUUAGGUCAUAUUUACGUACAAAAUAUUUUAACAUGGCUAAUAUAUGCUCGCACAUCUAAAUUAAAUAAAUUAUUAAUAUGUAAAUAUGCACGGAUUAUUUUUAUCUUUUCAUAUUACAUAUUUACGCGCACAUCUGACAAAAUAUUUUGAUCCUGAUUACUUUUUUUUACAAUAAUAAUGUAUUAAAAAAAAAUCUUUAGUAUAGAAUAAACAACAAUACUUGCUGUAAUGAAUAAACGCGAAUAUAUAUAAUCAAUAUGAAUUUCAAAUUACCGCUAUCCAUACAAAAAAAUUAUAAUAUAACAUGGAUAUAUAACAGCUAUAUUAUUUCAUAAAUUUUCAAAUUCGAUGCAUUCGUGAGCGUGUUUAUGUUAAGCCACGUGCGAGUAAUCCAUCCCAUUGCAAGCAUUAGCUACUGAAAGUUUAACCAAUGGGAAUGAGAACGUUACGUUCACGGAUUUUCAUCAAAAUUUCAAAAGAAUCGUAUCGAAGCAAUAUCCCUACUGGCCAUAAAAUUUCUCAAAACUUUCCUCUUGCUAGAACAUCUGAUUCAAUACUUGUCUUAUUUCAAGUUAUGGAAAUUCCUGUCGUAUCAUGUAAUAAGAGACUCAUAUUUAUAUGCAAUUGUUCCGAGGAGUAACUUUCUUGCAAAUUGUUGCGUUCCCUUUUUUUUGCUCAAAUUCUUCAUUCUUAAUAAUAAUAAUAAUAAUAAUAAUAAUGAUAACAACAAAACAUUGAUAUGUCAUGAUUCGUCGUUGCUGAUUCAGAUAAGCCGGACACAAUAUUGAAGUUUAAAAGUAAAUGAAUGACUGCUUGAAAUUUUAUGGCAGCCAUUAUCAUAUUUAUUUUGCGGAGAAAAUACAAACGGAUGAAAAAAUUCGCGGAGAAUUGGAUUCAUUAUGUUCAGUACAAAAAAACUUUAUGAUAAGAAUUAGCAUACUUAUGUUAUGGAAUACUUUUCCUAAUACGUGAGCGCGUCCAUAUAUGUUACCGUAUUAUCUUUAUCGCAUAUUUCUAUAUUAAUUUUAUCGUAACAACGAAACAAGUUAAUGCAUUAUUGUUUAAAUAUUAACUAGUAACAGACGGAAAGCUUUUUUUAAAUUAAAAUUUGUAAAAUUUUGGUGACAAGGAUUUUUUGAGUUGCUAAUUACGAAUUAGAAUUCCAAAAUUUUUAAUGGCAGAUCUAACAUAGCAGACAAAGAAGACAAAUUUUUAUAUACUUUAAUAGUUUCAAAACUUUAUCUAUAACUGUUCUUAAUUUGUAAUUGUAAAUUAUUUUAAAAUGAAAACAAUAAGAUAAAGAUCAAGUUAAAUAUUUCCACGUCCCGACUUCUUGUUUUAACUAAAAAGCGUUUUUUUGUAACAAAAUAAUUAAAAAGUGCGUCAAAAUAUAUAGUUUUUAAUUUAUUUUUAUUUGCCAUAUUAAAUUUUGAAUUUAAAAAAUUUAAUUACAGAUUCGUAAUCAGAAAUCCCCAAAAUCCAUAAGAACAAGAAUUUAAAAGUGAUUAAAAAAUAUCAAUGUUUGCUACUUUCCUCCGCUACAUUGAAUCUGAAUAACUUUUCAUUUUUAAAAUUUGAUAGCAAAUUUAUAAUCAACGAUCCUGAAAAUCCUUAAAAAACAAGGCUUUAAAGUAAUUAAUUAAAAAGCAUAAAAGUACGCUACUUUUGUCCACUAUAUUGGAUACGCCAUUUUAUAUUUUAAAAAUCUGAUAGCAGAUUUGUGACUAGCGACUUCAAAACCCCGCGGUUAGUAUUAGCUGUUAUCUUUUAGUGAUUUUCUUCGCAAAUAGUUUUAAAUUAAAGUGAUGACAUCAUAUGGCAUCGUGCGUCCUUUACCGAUAGUUAAAAGAUAGAAACAACAUAUUUCAAUCUUAACUUUAUUCUUUCUUUGUAUUCUCGUGAAGUUAUUCUGAAACUAACGAGCAAAGAAGGGCCACUCCCAUAAAGAUCGAAAUACAUUUUAUAGUAGUGCGAAGUAGAAAUAAAAUAACGGGGUGAAUAGUUGUUAUAAAGGGUGCUCGACCCUGUGUGAGCAAAUUGUCACGUCAGCUAUGCUUACGAGAAAUUGUAGACAUCUCGUAAAACAAAAUGGAAGUAUAUACACUUGUACUUUGAAAAGGAAAAGAUUAGCAUUUUUUUUUCUUUGUUAAAUUGGUUAUCGGGCUUAAAUAUAUGUAUUUUAUAAGGAUUUUAUCAGUCUCAAUGAAUACAAUUGCAUGCUACACGGAUUUUGAUUAACUUUGCAAAAGCUUAAUUGAAGAUUGUUGUGGUAAAUAAAUUGCAGCUCGGAAAACAUAUUCGCAACUUAUUUUGAUUAGUUCUCUAUUGAUAUAAUUUACCUAAAUACAAUUAACUUUAUUUGCAUUUAAAUGAACGGCGGCAUAACGUUCAAUCGCGAUUACUUUUUGUUAAUAAAAUGUACACGACGUAAUUUAAACAAUAUAGCAUAAUAACAAAAGAGUUAUGUAACAAUAGCCUGAUAUAUUUUACGGUAAAUCGGACAUACAGUUGUGCUAGAUUCUACAUUUACACGAAUUCUCGGGAAAACGCGAGUACAAUUACAUAAAGAGAGUGGUCGAUAGUUUCAAAGUUGCAUUUCGUUCGUUUGCUAUUUUCGAAUUCUACAAUAAUAAUUCUUCCACUAGCUUUUCGCUCGGCCGCGACAGUAACGUGAGAUCAAAAAUGAAUCUGCAAUGACGAGGGAUGGUGCGACGAGGGAUGGAAGAAACCUGCGUUUAAUCGGACGCGAGAGAAGAGCUUCGGGAGCAUGCGCAUCCCCUUUCCAUCCCCAUGAACCCUCGUCGCUUUAGCCGUCAUUGCCGUGGCAGUCGCCGUGAUACUCGCCGGCUCCGCGACGCCAACUGGCUACUGUGCCGCGUCUUUCACGCUCAGUAUGCGUUUAACUAUCGUGACGACAGGUUUCUCCUCGUCGCCCUGUUUGUUCGCAAGCUCGAGUUUCACGUUUCUUAUAUACGCGAAGGAACGUGCAGCGCGUGUUAUUUCUAGUUCCGCGGCACGUGUCCCUUGCGGUUUCCGCCUGCCGCUCCAUUUUCCCGGAUGUUUCGUCGUCCCAUCGUCUUCAUCGGUGAAUUGUCGUUUAAAGAGGGAUGCGUCUAACUAAAUAGAACUCAAGGGAAAUUAUUUGAAAUACCUUGCGGUAGGAUCGCACGGAUAUUAAGCAAGAGAUAUCUGGAUAAAACGCUGCCUGUGCCAAAUUCUGAGAGUCAUUAUGAAACAUGUGAAGAUACCGUAUCUUUCAUCGUAAAACUACUGCGAGGCGUCACAGCAAAGUCCCUGUUUGCUCUUUUCACAACUACUUAAAUUUUACCUUUAAAGUUGAUGAACGCCUCAGCAGUAGAAAAGUUCGUCCCAGAAAAUGGCAUCUACCAAGUUAAUUUGAAGCGGGGCAGAAUAACAUGUAUGUUAUCCACGCAGCGAAACAAACUUUAAUUAUAUCUAUGUCAUUAUUCAACGAGAUAUUAAGAAAACGCUUAUAAUCUCUGAUCUUACUAGAUUACGAGUUGACAUUGUGGUUAAUUAAAUUAAUGAAAUUCUUCCUGUGAUAUCAAAACGUCAUUCAAGACUUGUAACAGCGAUUUCUAUAAUGGAUGAAAUGUAUAAUUUCACUGACUACAGUUUAAUGUACAACGACACAUUCAUGAAUUGCGAUACUAAAUUGCCGAUUGUCGAUGUUAUUCAUCAAAUUCUUUAUUCUAUCGUCUUCAUCAUUGGAAUCCUCGGAAAUUCCUUAGUUAUUUAUGUUGUUUUACGUUUCUCAAAUAUGCAAACUGUCACAAAUAUGUAUAUUGUAAAUUUAGCGAUCGCGGAUGAAUGCUUUUUACUUGGUAUACCUUUCUUAGUGACAACCAUAAGUUUACGUAGCUGGAUCUUUGGUAGAAUUAUGUGCAAAGCUUAUAUGAUUACGACAAGUAUUAAUCAAUUUACUAGCAGUAUAUUUCUGUUCAUUAUGAGCGGCGAUCGUUACGUCGCCGUGUGCCAUCCAAUUUCAUCUCCGAAGAUGCGCACGCCUUUAAUCUCUAAAAUAGUGUCACUCACCGCUUGGACAACUAGCAUUCUCCUCAUGAUACCAGUAUUUCUUUAUACGGACGCCAUGGAAUUUUCAAAAGGUGUUAUCAGCUGCAAUAUUUAUUGGCCUAAUAAUCACGGCGGCCACAUUGCUUUUAUUUUCUACACAUUUGUCCUCAGCUUUGCUGUUCCUUUAGUAUUUAUAGUGAUCUUCUACUGCCUGGUGAUAAAAAAAUUGCGAACAGUAGGGCCGAAGAACAAAUCAAAUGACAAAAAACGAUCGCAUAGAAAGGUUACUAGGCUAGUUUUAACAGUGAUUGCUGUAUAUGUAUUUUGUUGGUUACCUUAUUGGGUUACUCAAUUGGCCUUGGUAUAUACCCCGCCGAAACAAUGUCAGUCUAAAAUCAGCAUCACAAUUUUUCUUCUAGCCGGUUUCCUCAGUUAUAGCAAUAGUGCUAUGAACCCAAUUUUAUAUGCCUUUUUAAGUGAUAAUUUCAAGAAAAGUUUUAUGAAAGCGUGCAACUGUGCAGUUGGCAGAGACACAAAUGCGGCGAAUAUUGAAAAUAGUGUAUUUCCGCGAAGAAAAGCCAAUGCUGAUAGAUUGCAAUCUAAUCGAAUAAUCGCCUCUGAACAAUCCAGAAUAGAGGUCGAUGACGAAGAGAGAGGCCUUCUUAUCAGUAAGACCUCCACUACUACGGUGACCAUGACGUCACGAUCAAACAUCACAAUUAGCAGUGAACCGAGAGAUCCGGUGCAAAGAGAUGCAACUAGGAAUGGUGCACAAUUAACUUUGUCGACACAAGUUUAAAGUCGCCAAAGCAUCAUUUCAAUUUCAAAAUGAGAACUCUUUGCGAGAAUGAGUUAAGAGAGUCUUAGAGCGACGGUAUCAGAAUGAGGUAAUUAACGAUUUCAUUGCAACAUUCAUUGUACCUGACUUGUUCACAAUAAUGUUUAUCAAUUAUAAUAGUUCUAGAAUAAUGUUCGAUGAAGAGUCAGAAAACAUUUUUUGAUUUUUAAAUGCAACGAUCGCCUGGCCAAGGUAUUUCUGCACGAUAAAGACGACAAACUUUAAUUUUUUAUUUAACAAACAAACGCUAGAUUAUUAUUGAACAUGAAAGUUUGCAGUGAUUGAUGAUAUUUUCAUUUCCCUAAAUAUCUAAAAAAUCGACAUCGCCCAAAAGAUUAAGGAUUAGCACUAACUUGAAUAUUGCCUUAAAUGUUAAUUUGAAUCUAUCAAUACGUAUGAAAAAUUUUUAUUCGUGAUUUAUUCGUAUUUUUUAAAGCAACGCUGUGAGUAUGCACGUGUAAAUGACCAUAAAACUAGAUCAUAAGUUAGACAGUUAAAAUUAAAUAAUCACACUGAUGCAUUUUCCACAUUGUUCUACCUUAAUAACAAUCUGAUUUUCAGAUUAUACAUAAAUGAUCAAUUUCUAAUCUCUGGCCUGCAUUUAAAUUCUUCUAAAUCUUUUUUCCAUGAUUGUUUGCUUCUCAUCAUUUUUAUUCUGUGUUUCAGUUGAUAUCUAUUUGACUCCUAUUGAUUCUUUUCCUUCUAUCAGAAGAAUUUCGACUUAUAUGUUAACCCUUACAGGUUAUAUAAGUAUCACGUUAUUACUGUCAAAUAUAAAGCUGUAUAUAUCUUUGUUUUCGUAAAUAAUAUACCUCUUGUCAUAUUCUUUUUAUUUUUCAAAAACGCCAAGUUUUUUCAAUUUCUUACCUUUUCCCUAUUUGAUUAUGUUGAUACUGUCUACAUGUUAAUUUAACCAAAUGCCUUUCAUGCCUUUUCAGCGCAUUUAAAACUCACUUUGCCUAUGAUGUUAGAAGGAUUGAUUGUUUAACUACUUCCUAGCUUUCAGCUAAAAUUAUUGUGAUAUCAUUUAAUCAUUUCUGCGUAUUAUUCGUAUCUUAUUUGUUAUUCAGUUUGUACAUUAUAGUGAGACGAAAAAUAUUUUUUUUACUUUGAACUCAUAUUUAUAAUAGCUAGUAUCAUUACUAUUAUAAUAUAAUAUGUAUUAAAAAAUGUUUAAUUUUAUGUCAUACUUUGCAUUUCUAUGUCGUAAACUUUUUUUUUUCUUAUACAGAAUAUAUGUAAUGUGGUUUAUCUAAAUUUUAUAAAAUAAAGAAUCGAGAUAUGUUGAGGUUUUCAAUAUUAAAAAGCUCGUGGUGAAGAAUUAUAACGUAACAUGUUUAUCCUAUUAUAAAAUAAAAUAUUUAAAUUAAGUUGAGUACGUAUGUAAUUUCAUCGAACAUUCAAAUGAAUGAAUAAAAGUUACGGACAAUAUUUUAAGCGAAUUAAUAUAAAUAACAUUAAAAUAUUUAUAAAAUACAUAAACUAACAGACACUGCUAAAUUUAACGAUAUAUAUAUUUAUAUAUAUAUUUAGUAAAAUUAAUUAAACUAAUAAAAUAAAUUCAUUAUUUUAUUUGUCAAUAAGCUCAACAUAAUCGAUCUUUUUUACAAAUUUUUUAUUGAUAAAAUAUAAAUUUUUUAUAUAAUCUUAAUGAAGAAAUUGGUUUUAUCGUUUACAUUUACAUUAUCGCUUGUAUUAACGUUAGCUAUGAGAAUUUUUAUCAUUUUUGUAGAUUUUUUAUCUCGUUCACUUUCAAAAUUAUCAAAAUUUUUUAAGGAAAAUCUUAAAUAUUUCAUAUUAUAUUUCAAUAUAAUAAAAGACCAAAGAUUUAUAAAAUUUAUAGAUGCGUCUAUCGCCGAUCACUUUUUUAGUAAAAUAUUUAUUACCCAAUGUAUCAAUCUUCAAUUAACAAUAACUUUAGCAAAAAUGCAAUACUAAAACAUUUGUGUAAUAUGAAACAUAGAGAAAGUUGCGAAUAUAGUUCCGAAAAUGACUUACCUUCGAUUUUGAUAAAACUUUGUAUACACCUUCCUUUUUAGUUAAAAUAAAAAUCCUUAAAAGAAUUUUUGCUGACUAAUAUGGAAAGAUUAUUUUUUUAAUGAUCAAAUACUAAAAAAUUAAUGAGUUCUAGAUUGAUAUAUUUGAGCACAUCAAAGCCCCGUGUCAAGCGCAAAUCGAGAGAAUAGCAUCUCUGAUGCUCCGAACAACUGACAGUGUCAGGUAUUCAAAAAUCUUUAUUCUGAUAAGCUAUAUUAUAUUUUGUGGAAUAUUUUGUAUUUGGCAUUAAGGACCCUUUUGUGUGUAUUAGAUUAGAUUAGGUUAGCUAUGCCAGUAGAUAUGUAAGAAAAGUAGUCAUUUUUAGAGUAUUGCUAAUAUUUAGAUUGUAAAAAAUUAUCUUCCCGUACAAAUCGCCAAAAAUCCUUUUAAAGGCUUUUAUUUUCACCAAAAAGCAAGGUUGAAACCAAGUUUUAUCAAAAUCAGAGGUAAAUUGUUUUCGGAAACUUUAUCUAAAGUUGCAUUCACACGUGACAAUUUUACUUUCUCAUGACAAAUAAAUUGAUACAUAUAAUUAAUAUAUAUAUAUAAUAUUAUAUUAAAAACGUUUUUAGGAUAAAAUCUUAUAUUAAAUUAUGUAUUUGUGUGAAUGUAAACAAAAUUUAUAAUCUAAAAAGAAGUGUUCUAAGUGUAGGUAUAUAUGUGCAUGUAUAUGUUACAUAUUUUUAUGUUUACUCUUCAUUCAGCAUUAUCUUUCUUACUUCUCUUGCCUAUCUGUUUUUGUUACAUACAAACUAUUACACAAACAUUAUAAGGAAUAAAUUUUUCAGUAACAGAUAAUAUUAUCCCAAUCCCUUUACGCGCAAAAUAUUGUAUAAUUUAACUCUUAUGUCAAUAACAAAAAUUUAUAAAGACCAAUAAGCGAAAUAUUCGGGCACCAAUCUUUAGAAUUUAAAAAAUCACUUUGCAUCGCGUUAAUUUUAUUUUUAUAAGUUUGUAUUUCGUAAAAUAAAAAUUUAACAAUACAUAAAUUGUAAAAAAAAACAUCAUAUCGACCUUAAAAAGUCUAUUCUGUAACUCUUAAUAGGUUCGAUAUUGUUACAUUGUCGUUGCGCAGCUUUUUUGCCAUGUAUGAUACGUGUGCGCAAUAACACUAUAUAUAUCCAAACUAUUGUUACAAAAUAGAUUUAUAAGUUCAAUCUUUAUCGAUUUAUGUACAAAGACAAACGUGUUUUUCAUAAAAAGAGUGCUCGUAAGCAUGUGUUGGCAUAAUUGAGUCGUCUAUCAUUUAAAAAGUUUUAUGUUUAAAUUUCAAUAAACCUUUAAUAUUUAUUUCUAUAAUUUUUUUUAUCAUUUUUACCACAAGCUAAACAACUGUUAUCUUGGAAUCUAGUAAUUGUUGGUACAUUAAAAGAAAAAAAAAGCAAAUAAAAAAAUUAAGCAUACAUUCCCUUAGACGUUCCCUCUAAAUCGAGAGAAUUUUUAACGCUCUGUAGAUUCCACGAGAAAGUAAUUCUUUAUUCUUACGUGCUAAAGAAAAAACAAAGCUAUCUUUCUUUAUACAAUGCAAUUCAGAUAAGGCAGUGACAAAUGAUUUGAAAAAACCAGAAAUAAUUAUUUGUGUUGUUUCUUACAAGGAAUAGAUGUAAUGGACCAAUUGUUGGGUAGAUAUUCAUCAGCUUGCAAAUAAAUGGCUGCUCGCUCUUUUGUAUAACAUGCUAGCAUAUAAUAUCACCAGCAUUGCUGUUUAUAUUAUUUGUUAUGAAAAUGACAAAAUGUUAUUUAAAAAACAAAAUAAAGAUUAUUUUUGAAGCAACUUAGUAAAAAACUUAUUACUUCUGUCUUAAAGCUCAAUCGCAAAAUGUACAAAUUUUGAGAUAUUUUGCAACAAAGCUCGUUAUUUAAAGUACUUACGUCAUAGAAAUGAAUCCUGUAAAGACUCAGCUAUUUAAUAAUUAUUUUAAUUCAAAUGAUUUAAUUUAUAUAAAAUUGGUUUUUAUUUAUUUAAAUAUUCUUAUAAUAUAAUUAUAUUAUUAAUUAUUUUAUUUAUUUUUAAAUCUUACUCUAUAAGUCUCUAUACCUAAAUAGGAAUCCCUUUUAUUAUACGAGGUUAUUAAAAAUGACCUCGUAAACUUUAGCACGAUACUUUUUCCAGUUCCAGUACAAAAAAGAAGUAAAAGUAUAUUUCAUGUUUAAAUCACGACAAUCUGAGCGGUUAACGGAAACAUAAAAAUUUUUUACAAAAAGUGUUCAAGUGGGUACCCGGUUAUUGACAUAAGAUUAUCUUAUUUAUAAAAUAUAUAACAUCAAUAAUUUUACAAUAUUGAUAUGUUAUAUAAUAUAUAUAAUUCGAUAAAUAUAUUUAAUCAAAUUACUAUAAUUAAUUAUAUUGCAAUUGAUAAUUAUUUUAAUAAAAUAAUAUUCUAAAAUAAAACUGUAAAUAUAAAUUGUGUUUUAAAAAAAAAAAUUUUUUUCUUACAUGUUAUAAUAUAUUAUAACAAAACAUGUAUUGUGUGUGGUGAAUUUAAAUGUCGAUCAUAAUUUAGUAGCAUAUAAAAUAAAUAUGUAUGAACUAAAACAAAUCUCUUUAUUUUUUUAUCAACAGCUUGUUUAUCAUUGACAUUGAAGGAUUGGGCGCUGAUAUUUAUUCUGCUGAUAUUUAUUGGAAAGCUCGAUAAAAUAACUUGAUAAUCGAGAAAAUUAUUGAAUUAGUUUAUCUACCCAUCCAUCUUAAUGAUUUAUCGGUACUUUUCAUAUAAUUUUAUUGAUAAUCUUACUACUAUUCGAUUUUAGUUACGCUCUACUCUGCACGUGACCAUAUUUCUGCAAUAGAAAUUCUAUCUCAAUUUCAUCUUACAAUUGUUUGACAUCUCUCAAAAAAGUAUAGGGUUAAUAUCAUUAUGUAACUUAAAUGUUAAAAAAUGGAUAUCUUUUCGUUUUGCUAUAUGUAUUGUAAAACAACUUAAUUAUAUGUAUUGGUUUAAGGAAUUAUGUUAAAAAAUAUUGUAUUUUAUGUACUGUGUUUAAAUGUUGUCAAAAAAAUAAUUUGUACGUCAAAUCUUAAUAAACAAAAAACCAACAACAUUAUUAUAGAAAUUGCUGUCAAAUUUGACUUCUAUUUUUAAAGAAAAUAAGCAUUUGUGAAAGCAAAAGUGUGUGAAUAGUUUAUGACUACACUUGUACUAUAAGCAAAUAAUAAUUAAUGAGCUUUAACAAAUUAAUUUUUAUUUGUUUGUAGAGCGAAUAUGUUUCAGCGUAUUUUGGAGGUGCAAACAGAUAACAAAAUUCAUUAAUUAAUCUUAAACAAAAUUUAUUUGAUAAAUUUAAUGUAUGCGAAAAGAAUUUGAUUGUAGUAUCUAAAAAUUUAACUAGAUAAACGCACAAGUGUGAUAAUAUUGCUGCAAGUUUUAACAAAAUUUUCUGACAACCAAUUUAAAUGUCCAAUAAUUUUUUUAAUAAUUCAACAUAAUUACUUUCAAAUAUGUAUAUCAGCAAAAUUGUUCUUUUAACGUAAAGCACCAAGCUGCGAAAUUUUAUAUUCAAUUGAGUAUUAUAAAUUCGCUAAAAGAGAAAAGUUACAUUUAAUUAAACUUUUGCCGGAAAGUAAUCACCUCCAGAUUUCACUGAAAAGCGAAUAGCUAAUAAUGUAUGAGGCCGAAAUAAUUUAAUGUAAGCAGCCGUUAAGUUUAAAAAUGAAAUUCCGAAGUUCAAAAAUGUAACUCAUAUGUAUGUGUGUGAUGUUGUAAGAUCUUCCUGUAUGAUCAACAAACAGAAGACUUAAUUAGAAUUAUAGAAUAUAAGAUAACUCUGGUAUUUACGCUGUACGAGAUUUUACACUGCAGAAGUCAGAAAAUAGGAAUAAAGGUAAUUUGCAAUUACUUUGUUAUAUACCUUUAUGUUAUACUAGUAUUGUAUUACAAUUUCAAUUCUUUACUGUUAACAUUAACGAAACCACCGUGAAUUGAAUCGAUUUUUCAUUGUAAGUAGCGCGAUGAUAAAUUACGACUUACAUAAGAUGAUUAUUGUAUAGAGUGUAAAAAGCUUAAUGGUUAUUUUGUGAUACAUAAGUAUACAAGAAUAAUAAAGGACGGAAUAUACUGAAAUACAAAUGCU